CAUCUGGCCGUCUGUAAUGUUGCAUUCAGUAGCCUUUUGGGCUUAAUGGCAGUAGCAUAUUCUGACAUUCUAGCUUUACAACAAAUGGCAGUCGUUUUUUGGUUGCGGAUAAUUGCGAGCGUUUUUGUCAUUUUAUCAGCGCCGACUCAAGCCGGUCGGCUAUACACAGAAAAUGAUCCGGUGACAAUACUUACCAGCGACACACUGAAGCAGACUGUUCGCAACUCUACGACAGCCUGGCUAGUCCAGUUUUAUUCAUCGUGGUGUGGACACUGCAUCCAAUAUUCACCGACUUGGAAAGCCCUUGCCGGGGAUGUCAAAGACUGGGAGCAGGCCAUCCGCAUCGGAGUGCUCGACUGUGCUCAUGAGAGGAACUUUGACGUCUGCAAAGAGUUUGAGAUCCACUUUUACCCAACCUUUAGGUAUUUCAAAGCACAUGGCAGCAACACUGAUGUUGGCAAAACAUACCGAGGUGCAGACAGAGAGCUGCCGACGGUGAGGCAGCUGAUGAUCAACUUCCUGCAGAACCACACCAAGCAGGACUGGCCCACUCGCUGCCCCCCACUAGAACCCUCCAAAACGGAGGAUAUCCUGGCCUUGAUUGGACAGAAGUCGGAGCAGUACACGGCGGUCAUCAUAGAGGAUGGCGACUCCUACGUGGGACGAGAGGUGAUCCUAGACCUGAUGCCCUACGAGGGUGUGAGCGUGCAGCGGGUGCUGAGCUCGGAGAAGGCCCUGAUGGAGAGGCUGGGGGUCACUGAGGUGCCGGCUGCAUACCUCUUCCACCCCAACGGCACACACGGACUCAUGGACGCGCAAAAGAGGCUGCGUUUCUUCUUCUCAUCCUUCCUGAAGCUGCUUCCUGGCGUCCACAGGCAAAGCUCCACCCCUCACCAAGGCCCCGCCCACGCCAACAACAACGGCCAGAAACCCAGCGAGGAGUGGAGAGAAUUUGAAAAGUCUAAGGUGUACAUGGCUGAUCUGGAGUCGGGUCUGCACUACCUGCUGCGCGUGGAGCUGGCCAGGCACCAGACCCUGGAGGGCGAGCAGCUCAAGACCUUUAAGGACUUUGUCACCGUGGUGGCCAAGCUCUUCCCGGGUCGUGUUUCGGUGGUGAAGCUGCUGGAGACUCUGCUGGAGUGGAUCGUCAGCCUGCCGCUGGAGAAGAUCCCCUACGACGCCGUGCUGGACCUCGUCAACAACAAGAUGAGGAUCUCUGGCUUGUUCCUGGCUGACCGUGUGCAGUGGGUGGGUUGCCAGGGCAGUAGUGCCUCGUUCAGGGGGUACCCCUGCUCCCUGUGGACCCUCUUCCAUGUGCUCACCGUGCAGGCCGCUGCACGCCCCGACGCCCUGGCUAACACAGCUCUUGAGGAUGACCCCCAGGCGGUGCUCCAGACCAUGCGUGGCUACAUCACCACCUUCUUCGGCUGCCGUGAGUGCGGCCAGCACUUUGAAGAGAUGGCCAAGGAGUCCAUGGGCAAGGUGAAGACCGCCGAUGAGGCCGUGCUCUGGCUCUGGAGGAAACACAACCAGGUCAACAGCAGACUCGCAGGUGCCAUGAGCGAGGACCCCCUGUUCCCCAAGACGCAGUGGCCGACGCCCGACCUGUGUCCCACGUGUCACGAGGAGCGCAGCGGCAUCCACGUGUGGGACGAGGCCACCGUGCUCUCUUUCCUCAAGCGCCACUACGGCUCCGACAACAUCUCCCCCAAAUACGCCCUCGAACCCGCGCCGCCCGCACCCCCAAAAGAAAAAGACGCGGAGAACCCCCCCUCCAAAGAUGCAGACGGCGCUCCUCCGGCCGGUGACAGCCCCGAUGUGGCCGUUCUAGCUCCACCCGAGGCACCCGCAGACCAGCCCGGCGGCGCACGUCCACCCCUGGACCUCCUUCCUCCAGUGGGGAACCGCAGUAACCCCCAGCUACCCCUCCAUCCCAAGGCUGAGGCCCAGGUGCAGGGGGUGGGGGCCCACAAGGAGCCACGGCCAGGCCCCAGCGUCAGCUUCCUGGGUUUCUCCAGCGUGGACAUGAGCCUGUGCGUGCUGCUCUACGCCUUCUCCUGCGUCUUCCUCAUGCUGUUCUUCUUCUUCUUUCGUGUGCGCUCGCGCCGGUGGAAGGUGCGCUCCAAUCGGCCAUUUGUAUAGCCGCCGCCGGUGGUGGUGGGGUGUUGUUGCUGUUGAUGUCUUCAGUCGAAGAAGAGCUGCACUGUGAGGCGAGGUGGGGAAAUAGCACCACCCACUGGUCAUGGACACAAUAACACUGGACUGCUGAGGUUGAGGAGAGCAAUGUCUGUUCUUCUCGCUCUCUCUUUUUUAUCCUUUCUUUCUUUCUUUCUUCCUUUCUUUGUCUUUCUUUCUUUCUUUCUUUCUUUCUUUCUUUCUUUCUUUCUUUCUUUCUUUCACUUUAACCUUUCACACUCACUCAUGUCCUGCCAUAUUUCUCUAUUUCUCUUCUCUUGACUUCUUACUCAUCCUAUCUUUUGCUUUUAAACUUUUUUUUCAGUUACACCCUAUUUUUCUUAUUAUUAUCUCUUUCAGUGCGUUCAAGUAUUUCAUUUCUUUCAUUGUCAAAGGAAAAAAAAUGGAGGAAAAUAAUUUUAUUUAUUUGUUUUUGUGAAUUCCAUAUUGUUUUGGUAAUGGACAAGACAAAAAAAAGAACCAUCCUCUGAUGAAGGAAACAUGAAAAGUCCCAAGCCUUUGUGCAAAAUUACAAAAUGGAAUGCCAGGAUUUAACAUAUGCUUCAUUUAAAUGGUUGAAAAAAAAUAUUAAUCAAAAUAUUUUGCUGGUGACAAAAUUGUGAUAAGUAUAUCAGAUUGAGAUAUUUUUAUGUGGAGUCAACUACUUUUGAGUAUUUGUAACAGAUUUUUAUUCCGACCGAAAAGAUUCUCUUUCUUGGAGCCUUUGUUUGUGCGGUUAGAUCCAGUUCACUACGGUUCCGAAGAGCAGAUUUGGAACGAACAGAUUCAAUACCAUUGUUUCUUGCAAAAUAAUGAAAAAGCACUCAUUUCAUCAGCAAAUUUUGAUUCAUGUUAAGCUUCUCUUCACCUGAAAAGAUUGUAUUUUUGUUUCUCUCUUUGCUAGUCCCUGAUGAGAUACAAUGUCAAACGGCUGCAGGAAUUCAUGUCUUUGUUUGUUUGUUUGUUUGUUUGUGUGUUACAGCUCCUUUGAAUGUUUAUUUAUGUCAUUGAAAACUAGCCGUCCCGACUUGCUCUGGCUGCCAUUCUUCAACUCCUCACAGCUGCAUUUGGUGUUAAACUGGUGGUUUUGUCAUUCUCUACGUCAAAUUGAAGCUAAUUUACCCCGUUUGUCUCAGUUAAGUCAUUUAGGGUUCUCAUGUUGAGUGGAGCAUUUACAGUAGGCUAGGUAGCUGGAUCAGUAGCAGAGUGAGGAGUCACAGUCAUAUACCAUUUCUUUACCGUCAGGAAAAGCGGUUCCGGGCCAGGCGUGGCCCAGAGCUGGCAAGCCAUCAAUGAGUGUUAAUGUGGUCAUGUGGUCAUGUGGCGGUCGAUAGGAUGGUCAGUCUGUGUGCGCUCGUGUAUGGAUCACAUCGAUGGUGUUGAACGCCAGCAGCAAAAAGCUGCGAAUGUUCUCUCGUAGGUCGUGUUCGCAAAACUACUCACACCUGCUUUUUUAGGUGUUGGUUUCGGUUUGGCCGAAGUUUUGACCAUUUUGUGUGGAUAUUUUUACACACCGUUUUUAUUUUGUUCAUUUGUUUUAGUCCAUUAGUGCUAGAUGGGUUGAGAGUUUCUCCCCAGGGGUGCAAUUCUGGAAACCAUAGUUGCUAACUUUGUUAGCUACUUUGUUGUUUGCAAUGCAAUUUCCCAUUGGCAACUACCCAAGUUGCUAACUGCUAACAACUACGCUUUUGAGAAACGUACCCCAGGUGUCCCUGGAUGUGUAUCAUGAGUUCAUUCAAGUCUGAUGUCAGACUUGGUGUUUGGCUGAAUCUCUGAAUUUUAGUUGAGGGGGAAUUAGAUAUUUGUGUGUGGAUGCCUAGACACAUUAGACAAAGGCAGAAUGACAGACAUAACACAUACAGUGUUCUAGCCUGUGUUUACCAUGUGUGUUGGUCCCUGGUCACUGGUCCCUUGGGUCAGUGUGUCAGACCACGUCGCAUAUUUCCUCAAAUGAUUCCAGCUCCUUAUACUUGAACAUUUUUCACAAGUCCUGGUUGAUGUGUCCACUUAUUACCAGUCAUCAAUAGGCUGUUACAAAAAAGAAGACGACUGAUGCGAGAUCAGUUUUGCACACUUUUGGAGACGUUUUGCAAAUUUAUAGUAGGAGUUUUGAGGUGUUCAGGUGAACCAAGAAGCAGUGAAGUCACAAGGCUUGUUUCUCUUUCUCUUUGUACACUUUUGCUUUGAAAUAUUGCUCUUUUUGGUGAGCAAGCUCCAUGAGUGGUCAUGGUGUGUGUGUGCGUGCAUGUAUGUGUGCAUGUGU